AUGUAUUUUUGUGUGUUGAAAAAUAAAAUAAAAAAAAAAAGUUUGAAAAUAUGUAGAUAUGGGCAUAAAAAUAUUCACACAGAAAUUGAACGAAACGAAAAAAAAGCUGAUAUUAUUGAAAAGCUAUUGGAAAGAUAUAAACAUCUUCGAAAUGAAGAUAGAAUAAAAUUAAUAAAUAGCCAUUUAGAAAAUGUUAAAGAAAAAAAUGUUAAUAUAAUAUAUGAAUUUACAAAAAAAAAAGAAGAAAAAGAGAUAAAAGAAGAAUAUGAAAAUAAAAGAAAAGCUAAAUUAUUCAAAUUAAGAAAACCUGCUUAUUUACAACCAAAAAAUGUCAAAAAAAAAACUAAUAAUGAAUUUACGAUAGAUAAUCAAUAUGAAGAAUUAUCAUGUUCAGAAAAAGAAAAAGAAUUAAAACCUAUUGAAAAAUAUACACUUAUUGAAGAUGUCUAUAAAGCAUAUAUCUAUACUAAAGCGUUUUUCCUAUUAAAUAAUAAAUAUAAAACUAAACAUAAAAUAUGUAAUGAUUUUAAAUAUAUUAUGAUCAACUCACUAAAAAAAUAUCUUUUAGAAAAAGUAAAACCAACACUAAUAAAUGAAUUUAGUGUAUAUACAAAUCCAUAUAUGCUUCUAAAAAAUUCUUUAUAUAAUCUCAUAUUACAUCAGCAUGUCAAAAAUAGUUAUGAUGAAAGCUUAAUAGAUAAUUAUAUAAAUAAAAAAAUAAGUUUAAAUAUUUUAAAAAUAAAUAGUGCAGAUGUGCCUGUCGAAGUAUAUGAACCCAUAGUUUCAUUUCAUGGGAAUAUACAUUAUAAUUAUAAUUCUCAAGAAAAAUUUAAAGUAUGCAUAAAUACGUUUCUCACCAUUUUAGAUGUUAUUAAAAAAGGAGAUGUAAAUUCAAAAAAUAAAAUUGAACAAAAUGAAACAAUUCAGAAAAUGAAAUAUAAAGAUAUGUCUAUCUUAAUAAAUGAUGUAUUAAAAAAAUUACCAGAAAAUAUAAAAUACCCAUUUGAAAAUUAUCCUUUCGAAAAUUUAAAAGCAUUUAAAACAAAUAUAAAAAAAAAAUAUAUUGGAGGUAUUAAAAAUAAUAAACCUCAAAAUAUAGAAGAUGAUGAAAUCAUUAAUAUGAGAUAUCCAAACUUACAAUGUGUUUCUCAUUCAUUACCUAAAGAUGAAAAAUAUCGAGAUAAUGUUAUACAUGCAAUUAAGAUUUUAGAGAGAUCGAAAUAUUGGGACUAUAAUAGUAAAAUAAAAGCAAUUAACACAUUAAUUGAAGUGUGGAAUAAUAUGAAUAAAAGUGAGCAUUAUGAACAAGUUUUAGAUAAAGCAUUGCCUCCUAUUUAUUCAAAAGAUAUGUUAAGAAAAACAAAAACACGAAAAGAUACAUACAAUAAAGGACUAUCAUAUAUACAAUCUCUCACUACACAAAAGCCACUUCAUAUUCGUUCAAAAAAAAAUUAA